AUGGAGUCUACGCCGCGCACAUACAUGCUGGACCUCGACGUGGACGUCAUGCUGCUCAUCCUGGCGCACCUUUCGUCCGGGGAUGCCCUCCGAUUAGCCGCGGCCGCGCGCGCGUUGCGCCCCAUCGCGCUCGCCCGUGCCUACUCCGACGUGACGCUCACGCGGGCGGCCCAAACCGCAGCCUUCUGCGCGCACAUGCUCGCGGACACGCCCCGCCGCCCGUGCUCCAUGCGGAGGCUCGACAUCCGGCACCGCGCGGCCGAGGACGAGGCCUACAGCUGGAACGCGCGCCGCGGGCGGAAGCUGCUGCGCGCGCUGGCGGCGCUCAUCCGGGAUGCCCGCGAGCUGCGUGCGCUGGCGCUCCCCGCCGCAGAGAUGCUGCUGCUCACGGAGCCGCACGUCGGGGCUGCCGUGGCCUCGCUGCCGCGCCUGGCGCGCCUGCAUCUCGAGAAGGCGGGCAGCAGCGCCCUGGGCAUGCUGCGUGCCGCGCAGGGCCGCGUGGAGGAUCUUCGCAUCGCGUCGAUGAUCAAGGUUGUUCCCGCGCGCGAGGUGCUCAGCGGCGUUGCGGCGUUGUCGUACCUGCGGACCCUCCACCUUCAUUGUCCGGAUGCGUGGAUGAACGCGUCUCGCGAGGUGCUCAGCGGCAUUGCGUCGUUGCCCCACCUGCAAACCCUCUAUCUUUAUUGGCCGUUUAAGUGGACGGACGUGUUGACGACAGAGACGGCCUCCCUUCCUUCUUCCCUCUCCCUCCGCCAGCUCCACAUGUACUGUGGCGGUAGCUCGAUCUCCGCCGAAAUCUUAGCGCGAAUUUACCCGAAUCUCGAGGAGGUGGAUUGUGUGGAGUCGAACUGGCAGUGGGAAGCGCGUUAUGAUCAUGUCGGCCUUUGA